AUUAAUUCGGAAUAAUUUUCAUUGUUUACACUUUACACACGCCAUGCAUUCAUGCCUUAUUCGAGACCUUAUCUGAGAAAAUUAGCUUUACUGAGAUGGAGGAAUAGUUCGGCUUUAAGAUUGAAAUCCUUUAAGGGUCCUAAGAGUCAGACCCUGGAAACAGAUUGUGGUGAACAGAAAGGCACUAUGUUAACUCAGGGAGCUUCUGGAGUCUUUUUCACUAAGAUGAAAGAUCGUUUUUUGAACUUCAAGAAGGAUAAAUACUUGGCCAAUCUUGAACACUUUAGAGACCUUGCAAAUGCCCAAGCACCAAAGUUCAUGGUGAUUGCUUGUGCGGAUUCUCGGGUUUGUCCUUCAAUAAUCCUGGGAUUUCAACCAGGAGAAGCGUUUGUAAUUCGCAACAUUGCAAAUCUGGUGCCUCCUUGUGUGAAUGGGCCUUCAGAAGUAAACGCUGCUCUUGACUUCUCAGUCAACACACUUGGUGUUGAGAAUAUACUAGUGAUUGGACAUAGCUGUUGUGGGGGCAUUCAAACUUUAAUGAGCAUUGAAGAUGAGAUAGACUCAAGUAGCUUUCUUCAUAAUUGGGUCAUUGUUGGAAAAACAGCAAGAUCUCACACCAAAUCCAUUGCCUCCAAACUGAGUUUUGACCAGCAGUGCAGGCACUGUGAGAAGGAAUCACUCCACCUUUCACUACAGAACUUGCUGACAUACCCAUGGAUAAAGAAGAAGGUGAUGAGUGGGGAGCUUUUAGUCCAUGGGGGAUACUAUGACUUUGUUGACUGUACAUUCGAAAAAUGGACUUUAGAGCUUAACAAGAACAGUUCUAGUUUGGACAACCAUUACUGUGUUCAAAACCGGGAAUGCUGGAGAUGACUUUGCUCCCAAUUACUGUGUUCAAAACCUAGAUUAAGCUGAAACAAACACCCUCUUGGUAUCCAUUGUCCUUAACUCUUAAACUUAUUAGCAUGUACCCAUGAAUCAUUACUUGGUAUCUGUUAAGAAGAUUAGUUUAAU